UUCGGACUUUAGUUGUAGAGUCAUUUCAAUGCGUCAGAGGCGUUACUGAGUCCGACUUCACUAGUUAUUUGCAUGUUAUGACAUUGGUCAAAUACGCUUUCUCUUUAAAAAAAAUAAAUAAAUUCAAUUUGAUUCAAUGGCGCUUCUUAGAGGACUGACCGUGUUAAAUAGAGUUUCUCCAAACAAGUGCUUCAUACCAGCACGACUGUUUGGAAAUGGGACAAACACUUUAUACCAGAGCGAGCCUCCUCAAGCUAGAUUCUUCCCGCCUUCUGAAGGUGUUAUGCUUCUCCCGGGAACUUACAAAAACAAAGUGGCCUUCAUCACUGGAGGAGGAACGGGACUUGGAAAAGCCAUGACCACCACUCUGUCUUCACUGGGAGCAGAGUGCGUGAUAGCCAGCAGAAAUCUUGAUGUUUUGAAGAAAACAGCAGAUGAAAUCUCACAACAGACAGGAAACAAGGUCCAUGCCGUCCAGUGUAAUGUUAGAGACCCUGCUUCAGUGGAGGCUGCUGUUAACCAGCUUGUAAAUGACGUCGGCCUGCCUGAUGUGGUGAUAAACAAUGCUGCUGGAAACUUCAUCUCUCCUUCAGAGAAACUUUCUCCCAAUGCCUGGAGAACCAUCACUGACAUAGUGCUGAACGGCACUGCAUAUGUCACGCUAGACAUCGGGAAACGCCUCAUCAAAGCUGAGAAAGGUGCUGCGUUUCUGGCCGUCACCACAAUCUAUGCUGAGAGUGGCUCAGGAUUUGUUGUGCCAAGUGCUGCGGCUAAAGCUGGAGUGGAGAAGCUUUGCACGUCUCUGGCAGCAGAGUGGGGCAGAUACGGCAUGAGAUUCAACAUUAUUCAACCAGGACCAAUCAAAACCAAGGGUGCCUUUAGCAGACUGGAUCCCACCGGUAUGUUUGAGCAGGUGAUGUUAGAGAAUAUAGCCGUGGGUCGUCUGGGAAAUCCUGGAGAGAUCGCCAACCUUGCCGCCUACCUCUGCAGCGAUUAUGCCAGCUGGGUAUCAGGCGCGAUCAUUCGAAUGGAUGGCGGUGAAUACGUCUCCAUUGCUGGCGAGUUCAAUGGUUUGAAAAAGGUCACACAGGAGCAAUGGGCCAUAAUGGAAGCAAUGAUCAGAAGCACAAAAGGAUCAUAAACCUCUGACAGUCGCAAUCUCCCAUUGUAACACAGAGGAUCAACUAUUUUGAAAUAUGAUUUUUAGAUUGUGUAAAUUGAGACUUAAAUUGUCUUUACAACACAUAGAAAGCAUUGAGCUAAAUUAUAGACUUGUGUACUUAUUGAUCUGUCUGCCAUUUCUGCCUUAUCUAUCCAUUGUAACAAUGGCCAUUACGUCCUGUAUGUAGGUUUACAUUUUUAACCUACACACUGCUCCUGUACACUGGGAUGGACUCCAGCAUUCCUGCAAUCCUCAGCGGUUUGGAGAAUAGAUGGAUGAAUGGAUGGUUACUGUCCCUGUUUUGAUAAAUCCCACAAAAACAUGUUUUGAGAUGUUACUGUGUUUAAAGCAUGUAAAAACAAUCAACCUGGCCUGUUAUGGCAACAAGCGUUGGAAGUCUUACAAUAACUUUCAACAGCCUUACGAUGUAAUGAAGUAGGUAUUACAGUUUGGUGCACAUUAACUAAUGCAUUAAUAAUUUUGUCAAAAAUAUAUUCUGCAGAAUAAAUUCUGCCUUAAUUCUUGUUUAAUUAUCAAUUUGUGGGUAAAAAUAAAAGAAAUAAGGGAAACACAGGAUUUGCUUUGUAUUUCUGGAGGGCUUUUGAUCUUUGAAAGUGUUUUUAAAUCAAGCUCCAAUCAAAUAACCACUGAGGAGUCUUCAUUUUCAUUUUUUCUUUUUUCUCUGCUCUUUCUUCCUAGCGGUUUCCAGUUUAGAUUACAUUACUGCUUGUGGCGGAGCAAACGCAGUCUUUUUUGACUGAUGCUCUUGACAGCAUCUGAGAGUAUAGAGCACAAAAAUACGUGGUGUUGUAUCCUUAGGAAAAAUGGUAUGUGUUCUUCUUGACCUGCUCUUGUUGAUAGUAUAUAAUGAAUUUUAAUGCUUUCAUAACACAGAUUAUCGCAUAUAAAUCUUACUCUGUUGAAUGCA